GCGCACCGUUCCCGCCCGCCGUUCCCGCCCGCUGCCGCCAGGGGCCGCGGCGGUGCCUCGCGCGGGAGGGGAGAGGCGGCGCCCGGCGGCGCUGAGGAGCGCUAAGAUGGCGGCUGCGCGGUGGCUCGGCGCGGCUGCGGCGCUGGGCGGCCGGUUUUGUCAUACGAUGUUAAAAGACCAUAAUUUGAUAACUAAACAGUCUUUCCACCAGCUUGUACAAAAGAAACCAUUUCUCCCAUUUGUGGUAUCCCGUAAUACAGUAAGAUGCAUGUUUAUUCAAACCCAGGACACACCAAAUCCAAAUAGUUUAAAGUUUAUUCCAGGAAAAGAGGUGCUGGAGUCAAGGACUAUGGAAUUUUCCUCACCAGCUGCAGCGUUUUGCUCACCUUUAGCAAGACAGUUAUUCCGAAUUGAAGGAGUUAAAAGUGUCUUCUUUGGGCCAGACUUCAUCACAAUCACAAAGGAGAGUGAAGACCUUGAUUGGAACUUGCUGAAACCGGACAUUUAUGCGACUAUAAUGGAUUUCUUUGCCUCUGGUUUACCUAUAGUUACUGAAGAGGCACCUAGGAUAGAUACAGCACCAUCAGAAGAUGAUGAUGAAGUUGUAUUGAUGAUUAAAGAACUGCUGGACACAAGAAUAAGGCCAACAGUGCAAGAAGAUGGAGGUGAUGUUAUUUUUAAAGGCUUUGAAGAUGGGAUAGUGCAGCUGAAGUUGCAGGGUUCGUGCACCAGCUGUCCCAGUUCCAUCAUAACCCUGAAGAACGGAAUACAGAACAUGCUGCAGUUCUACAUCCCUGAAGUGGAAGGCGUGGAACAGGUUGUUGACGAUGAUGAUGACGUGGAGAAAGAAGCAAAUUCUACUUGAGCUAGCACUAUCUGUGGCCAAAUAAGUAUUUACCUCUUGCUGUAUGUAAAUCAGCCAUGUGCUGAGAAACAACCAAAUUUGCCUUUCUCUUCAGAAAACAUUUUCACUUUCUCCUGUGAAAAUGUCUCCUCAGUUUAAGCAGUUUGUCCACUAAUUUAUUAAAUCUCCCGCACUCAGUAAAGAAUCCUUUCGGUCUGUUUGUAACUACUUUGCGCUGUGCUUUAAGAAACAAAUGGCAGGCAUUUAAAAAUGGUGAUGUAUGUCUCCGUUGUUCUGUCAUACAAAAAUUCAAGAAUAAAAAAGGAGGGGAACAGAAGUAACUUUUCUUGACUACUUUUUAUGCAACAGAAGUAUUAAGUAUUUUUUUCCAAACCUCUUUAUGGGGCUUGCAGGAGUAUCUGCCCUUCUUCUGGAAAUGGGAGAUGCAGGAAUGUUAAUUUUAUGCAGCCUUUUGUUAAAGGUUUUGGUUGCUGUCAGUUUUGUGUGGAAAAUAACAGACAACUUCAACUGUUUAUUUUAGAGGAUGCAAUAUUGGCAGUAUUUGUGGAAGUUACCUACCCUACUUGCUCCCUAACACUGCACAGACAAUAGCAACAGAAACAAAAAAUGUGAGUUAUUAUAAAAGUUCUGUCUUUUUUUAAUAAACGUUAGAAGAUGAUCCUUAUCAGCUUUAGUAACUAGAGAAACUAAUUAGCUUAUUGAGAAGUAAAAUUGUUUAGCCCCCAUUAGUGGUCUGUUUAAACUUGCAAAAGAGGAUUUCUCAACAUAAUAUGCCGACAUCAAGAUGAAUGUGCAAUGCUUAAGGGCACAAAUUACAUCUGCAGUACAGCAAAGCAAAUUAAUGUGUUUACCUAUGCCGUAUCCUGUUUGCUCCUUCUACGGUGCCAAAGAGCGCAGCUUAUGUGUAACUUGGCUGCCCUGGCUGAGGGAAGACGUGGCAGAGUAGAACACGCUCCAGUUUUAGGGACUAUAGGAAGGGAAAUAUUUAUUGUUCUGAAAUUGAAAUACGUAAGUUGGACUUUUCAAGCACUUCUGUUUAUUUCUGUGCGUGUAGGACUUAAUUUCUUCCUGGUGCCUAGCUUUAGCAGAUGGCUUGGCUGACGGGGAUACUAUUUCUUCUUUGUGCUGUGACAGUCGAGCUGUGUUUGCGGUCAUUAUUUGGCUUAUGGUUAUAGCAGUAAUCCCCGUUGCAAGGAUUUGACAGCCUCCUGUAUGUUCCCUUCUUUUCCUCCUUGCCAGUAUAAUUCCACUGAGUCCCUAAACUGGAUCAGUUAAGUCAGCGGAGAGUCUUUCCUGUAGUAUGCAGAUCAGCAUGUGGUAAGCAUAAACUUUGUAUUACUUGUUAGGAAUUUGAGAAUGAAUAUGUUAGCAAAGCAGUUCUUCUGCUUUCUUGUAAAAGUAAUAGCCUAAUGUCAUUUAAAUUACCCGGUUAGGAUUUUGAGUUUGAAAUUACCAUGUUUUCUUCACCUUCUUACAAAAUACACAGUGCCUAAUCUUAGAGGUAUAUCAGUGACAAAAAUACCCUUGAGGUAGAUUGAUACUAUUCAAAAGACAGCUUGUGCAAAUGCUAUCGCUGCAUUCUUGUUCAUCAGUAAGCCUCAGAAUGGCUAGUAGUAUUAAUGGUUUCUCAAAAUCAGAGCUUUUUAGGCCUAAUUUGACAAUUCAGUGCACUGUAUAUGCCCAUACUUAAACAGCAAAAUAGCUUUUUAUUGUGUUGAAUAAAAUGUGUGUCUUA